UUCCAGGCAAGAGUACCGGAGUGGGUUGCCAUUGCCUUCUCCGAAUUAAGUCAUUAGUUUAACAAUAUAGUCUCUAGUCAAGGUGAAGGUCAGGAAUUCUUAGCUGCCAUUGUACAGAGAGUGGAGUGUAUCCACUCAGCCCACGUCCUCACAUAAUAUGGCUUAACAUAAAAACAAGGAAUAUGUUUUCUAGUUAGGAAUCUAGAAAUGAUCCUUUUCUGAUUAAAAGGGACUAGUAUGGUUUGAAGUUGGUAUUUCUUCCCCCCUUUCAUUCUUUUCUAUACACGAGUUGCUUAUAGAAAAAAGGACACAGUUGGUGAAAAAUUCUGUGUUGAAAUUGGUAAAACAAUAUUUUUAAUUUCAUUAUUCUUUGUGGUUAUAUAAAAUAGUCUGAAGCCUGGAUGCUAGCUGCCUGUGUGAUACCUCCACAUGGAUAUUUAAUAACCAUUUCUAGCUCAACAUUCUCACCAUAGAGCUCUUGGUUACCCUGCAGCCGUAAGAUCACCACCUCUGCAAGUUGUAGCUAUCUCAGAAAAGGGAUCUCCUGUCUACCUGGUUGUUUAAGCAAAUGUUAUAAGAAUUUAAAAAAAUUCUUUGCAAAAAAAAAAAAAAAAAAAUUCUUUGCUUUCUCUGUCCCCCCAGCCAGUCUGUCAGCAAUUCCUGUUGACAUUACUUCAAAAUGUGUCCCUAAAUCACUAACUUCUCCCCAUCAUUUCUGCUACCUACAUCCAGUCACCAACGUCUCUUCUCUGGAUCAUUGUCCUGGUCUCCUAACCCAUCUUCUUGCCCCCUUAUGAUCUAUUUUCAAGCAGCAAGAACCAUGUUUUUAAAAAUUAUUUCCUUGUUUUAAUUAAUUCAUUUGUUUUCCAUAGCAAUUAGAAUAAGACCUCUUACCCCUUUACCUUGGUUCACAAAGCCCUUUGGACCCAGCCCCUGCUGCUUCUCUGACUGUCCCCCAUAACAGUUCUCUGGACCCCUUGACUUUCUGGUCUUUGAGUAAGACAAUCAAUCAACCUGAAGGCCCUUUCCCAACCAGGAAUGGGCUUUCCUAAUCUUCCCAUAGCUGGCUCCUUCUACUAUUUAGAAAAAAUUCUUCUGAUUAGUCCAACAUAGAGACAUUUCCUGGACACCUGACCACCAGCCCACCAAAACUAGACACCAUUUAUCACAUAAUUCUCUUUUAUCCUAUUUACAUUACCUGGGAGCUGUCACCACCAGUGGCAAAGGCGAUGAGAGAAGAAUCCUCACCUGCUUUUUCAGCAUUGCAUCACCGAGUCUACAGAGGAGGUGCUCAGGAAUGACAUUGCACAAACAACAAUUUUUCAUGUGCUGUGUAAUAGCAACUCGAGAAUCAGUAGGCUAUUUCUGUCUGCUCUCAUUUUAUAGCUGACUGGACUUCAUGAGUAUAAGGUCUCUGGUAUUGUGAGAUCUCCACCAGAUCUACUUGCAGAUGUCUAUAUGGACUUAGACUAUAGAAAACAGUGGGACCAGUAUGUCCAAGAACUCCGUGAAAUAAAAGUCGAUGGAGAAGAAGCAGUCUAUUGGCAAAUGAAAUACCCUUUUCCCAUGUCCAACAGAGAUUGUGUCUAUGUGCGGCAGCGGCGAGAGCUGAACUUUGAAGGGCGGAAGGUCCACGUGAUCCUGGCCCAGAGCAUCUCUGUGCCGUGGUUUUCAGAGAAGUCGGGCAUGAUCCGGGUGAAGCAGUACAAGCAGAGCCUGGCAAUCCAGAGCUAUGACUCUUGGAGGAGUGAAGUUUUCAUGUAUUACUUCAAUAACCCAGGUGGCCAAAUUCCGUUCUGGAUCCUUAACAAUUUCACCAAGAGUGAAAUCCCUGGCUUCCUGAGAGACUUGGAGAAUGCCUGUCUGAAGUACCACAGAGCCGAAGAGAGAGAUUUGUGAGCCUUGUGGCCGUGGAGUGAUGUCCAUAGAAUGAUGUCUGCAAGUGCCACAAACACUGAGACUCAGCCUGCCUCUCUCUUUUCUGUCCUCAGAGGCCCACACGCUCUCCAUCAGCUUGUUCUCAAGUGUGUUUGCCUGAGAUCCACUUCCUUUCCCACUCUCCCCACCUGGGACCCACUGCCUUCUUCCACUGUUGAAUGUGGGUGAUGCUAAGGAAACCUUUGUUUGUUUAUUUUUAAAAAGGGGAGUCCUCUAGGGAGCACAGUCAUUUCAUUAUGCCAUUCUAGGUUGUUGUGGGUGAAGGACUGACACCACCACCUCAGGGCGACUGAUCCCAGUGAGCCGGCUCCUUCCCACACCUGGGUCGUUGCAACUCAGGACAGUGAUCUCCUGUUGCAGUUGCUUUGCCUUCAGAACUGACUCUCAGUGUGCCAAGACCAGAAGACGUAUGUCCAUUGGCCUUAUGCUUUGCUGAUUUGAGAUGAUAAUCCACUAAACCUCUCCCCAUUCCUACUUGGGGAGGAUCAUGAGCUGUUUUGAUUUCAAACCAUUUUGAAAGAUGUCACAGCCUUGACUAUGCAUAUAGUGUGAGACAGUUUUCGUCUCAUCAUCCAUGCCUCAAUUUUUCUUUCCCACAUGCCACUGGGGAAGGCUGCCUGUACCUCUCUAGUUCCAUGUUUUACUGGACAAUGAGGCAUUAAGAUAACUCUGGUGGUUAGAAUUAGCCAACUUGCUCUGCACACAGCAUUGAGAUUAAUUUUCUUUAUGUGUCAUUUCCUUCUAUAACAUUUGGACAUGUUGCAAGAAUAAGUGUUCAUAGCCAGGGAAAUAUGAAUUAGUGGUGUGGUUGACUCUACACCUUUUUUCUCAGGAAUUCUAAAUUAUCUGCCUCUCCCACCAACAGAAGACUUCCCUUUUCCUACUUUUCUUUUGAAUUUUGGAAGGAAAGCUAUUCUGUGGACAAAGGCACAGCCUUAUAAUCUCAGGGAAAAAUUUUAAUCACUUUGUGUGAUGGUACCAAAUCUUGAUUACUGGACAUACAAAUUCAGGAUGUAAUUCCAGAAGCAUGGGAUUUAUUAAAAUGGGAUAACUCAGACUGUGUCUUUUCUCUCUGGAAAAGGAAGUGUGUUGACUAUCAAAUAAAUACACAGUGACUUAUACUUGUCUUGUCUACAGUCU